GAAAGACCACACCUUACAAUACCAGUUUUCUAACAACACAAGCGAUAGCAAGAUUUUGAAUAACUAAGAUUUGGACCACAGUCUGCAGAUUCAUCAGUGUGUUGCAUGGCAGGAAACUUUAGAGCUGCCUGAGUUUUUCAUACAAAAAUUCAGGAUAAGAUGACAGAAACUCCCCUAAAACAAUGGAAGAGUGGUCUCUUUGACUGCUUUGAAGAUGUCAAUACUUGUUGCUAUGGCUUCUGGUGCUGCCCUUUCCUUGCCUGCACUGUUUCAAGAAGAUUUGGAGAGCACACUUGUCUGCCUUUAAUUGACGGGCUGGUUUCUGCUACAGUUCUAGUGUUUGGGACUCCUGUGAUGAUCCCCCCUGUCGCAUUGUCUUUGAGGGCUUCCAUUCGUAACAAACGUGGUUUAAAGGGUUCCCUCAGCAACGACAUUUGUAGUUCCUGUUGCUGUGUCUGGUGCUCCUGGUGUCAGAUGCAUCGUGAGCUAAAGGAGGAAACUCCUCUCACUGUUGUGGCGCAGCAGCCCCAGACGCUGCAGCCCCCGACUGUGAUCAACGUGCAGGCUAAUCCUGUCAUGAUGGUUAAUCAAAACUCUGCUCCACUUCCUGCUGGUUUUCAAAACCCUGCUCAAGGCCCUAUUGGGUUUCAAAACCCUCCCCCAUAUCCUGGUGGGUUUCAAAAUCUUCCCCCAUAUCCUGGUGGGUUUCAUGGGUUUCAAAAUCUUCCUCCAAAUCCUGGUGGGUUUUAAAAUCCUCUUUAAAAUCCUGGUGGGUUUCAAAAUCCUCCUCAAUAUCUUGGUGGGUUUCAAAAUCCUCCUGAAAACCUACUGCGUUUCAAAAUCCUCUUCAAAAAGCUCCUGAUGAAUUUCAAAAUUCUCCUCAAACUUCUGAUGGGUUUCAAAAUCUUCCUGAAAAUCUUGCUGGGUUUCAAAAUCCUCAAGUCCCAGAUCGAUUUUAAAAUCCUUCCCCUGUUGGUUUGAAUUCCUAACAAAAACUGAACAUAUUUGUUAACAUUUACGUUCCUCAGAUCAGUUGUGAUCAUGUAAUUGGUGUGUAAUGUUAACUUUAUUCAGUAAAUUCUCUGUCAAUGCU